AUGUCUGAUACACCAUCUAAUUUUGACGAGAAAUGCAUGCUAGCAUUUGAAAACUUGAAAAAGAAAUUGUCCUCUGCUCCUAUCAUUUCCCCACUUGAUUGGAACUUACCCUUUGUAUUGAUGUGUGAUGCAUCUGAUUUUGCACUUGGGGCCGUGUUAGGGCAGAGGAAAGAUAAUUUAGUCCAUGUGAUAUACUAUGCUAGCAAAGUCCUCAAUGAUGCUCAAAGAAACUAUACCACUACUGAAAAGGAGUUGCUAGCAAUAGUUUUUGCCUGUGACAAGUUCAGAUCAUAUCUCAUUGGUGCUAAAGAAUUCAAUAUUGAAAUUAGAGACAAGAAAGGAGUGGAGAACAAGGUAGCAGAUCACUUAUCCAUAAUCCAUCAUGAGGAAGGUGGAACACAUGAUACAAGUGUAAACGAGCUCUUCCCUGAUGAGCAAUUGUUGACAAUUCACAAAGCACCAUGGUUUGCAGACAUUGCCAACUUCAAGGCAACCGUGGAUUAUGUUUCCAAGUGGGUAGAGGCUAUUGCCACUCCAACGAACGAUAACAAGAUAGUCAUGAACUUCCUCAGGAAGAACAUCUUUAGCUGUUUUGGAGUCCCCAGAGCACUUAUCAGUGAUGGAGGGAGUCAUUUUUGUAACAGACCACUAGAAGCUCUCCUCCUACAAUAUGGGGUAAAACAUAAGGUUGCCACACCUUAUCAUCCCCAAACAAGUGGGCAAACUGAGAUAUCCAACCCAUUUAAAACACCAAUUGGAAUGUUCCCAUAUCAACUGGUGUAUGGGAAAGCGUGUCAUUUACCACUGGAGUUGGAACACAAAGCUCUCUGGGCUCUCAAGAUACUGAAUUUUGACAGCAUUACUGCUAGUGCAAAGAGAAUCUUGCAGCUGCAAGAGAUAGAGGAAUUUAGAUCACAAGCCUAUGAAAAUGCCAAGAUUUAUAAAGAAAAAGCAAAGAGAAGACAUGACAUGCAUGUUGCACCCAGGAGUUUCGAAAAAGGGCAACAAGUACUCCUCUACAAUUCCAAAUUGAGACUGUUCCCAGGAAAACUCAAAUCAAGGUGGUCCGGACCUUUCCUUGUCACAAAAGUCUCGCCAUAUGGACACAUAGAAAUCAUGGAUGAAAGAUCAAACAGGACUUUCACUGUGAAUGGACGAUGGAUGAAAGUUCCGAGAGGACUUUCACGGUGA